AUGGCUCGCCUUCCCCAUACCUACACUGGCCGUAGCAGUGACGACGACGAAACCGCUAGCAGUGCGUCUUUCCGUCUAGACUCGGACGACGCAGCCGGUGUGGAUUUGCAGACAGAUGUCACAGAUGUCACAGACUCCGAUGUGCCUCCUCCAACUCGCCGUAGAGACAAAGGUCGAUCCCGUCAGAACCGCUCUAUGCAGAGACCUUCGGGGGGAAAGUCUAACAAGAGUGAGAAAGGGUCUCCUUCUCUCAGCCGCCUAGCGACGGACUCAGACUGCAGCUCUAGUGGCGAUGAUUUGAAUGUCGACGUCCGCCAUUCUCGAAGUCCUGAGCAACGAUGUCCCCAGAAGAAAAUUCGAAAGCCUACUGCUCUGUCAGGAGCCCCAACACGAAACAACGAUUCGAACACCAGCUCCAGUGACGAUGACUGCAGUGGCAGUGGCUUUGACAGUGACUCAGACACGGACCCCGACAUUGACUCGGAUGGUGAGUUAUCAUCAGACAGUGAUGAUGAUGGCUACGCGGAUGGCACCAGAAAAAAUAUUACGCGGAUGGACGAGAGAUGGGAACGGUAUUGCCGAAAGAGGAAUGAAAAAUACAGGGCGCUACCAGAUUCUUUGUGGGCAAACCCUGCUUCGGCUCUUCGCGAAGCAAGGAAAAAGGAGUUGACUCUGUUCCUUCGUUGGUGCCUACGUUUGCGGCGAGGGAAGAAUGGCCGGAAGCUAAAGGGUAUCAAGAAAUUCAAGUCUUUGGAUACCGAUUGGAAGUCAUUCCUCCGUCACUAUGAAAAGGUUACCGGGGAACCCAUGGACGAUGCGCUUGGAAGGCGAAUGAGAAAGAGUAUUCGCAGGAUUGCAAGGGAGUAUGAAUUAGAUACGGAUGAAAAAGAAAAGACCCCAAUGUUUAUUGAGGACGUGGUGCCACUGCAGGAGACAACACUACGUACAAUGGAGAAACGGUUCGACCUUGGUCUUCAGCGCAUGCAACAAUGUCUCUACCCUUUAAUGGCAUGCUUUACGGUAAAUCGGAUCAAUGCUAUGCGUCGUCUUCAGUACCAGCAUCUCCAGUGUUCGAUCCAACGGGAUCCUCAUGGCGGACCGCCCCGAAUCCUUCUGGAGAUCAAGUAUAAAUUUGCGAAGAAAUACAUGGGUGUGACGCAAGCUAACACCUUCCCCCUCCCCGAAAUCAUUUAUGAUCCGUCGUUGAUGCUGAGCCCUCAUACGUUCCUUCUCGGGAUUCUCUUUCAUGAUGAUGCAUUUCGAGUUCCGGGAAUAAAGUCCAUGGAGGACCUGCGACGCUUGUGGGUUGAGGAUGGCCGCCAGCAGAUGGAGGUCCCAUUGAAACGGGACAAGGCUAAACAUUAUGUAUUCUGCAAGGUCAAAAGCGUCCGCGGCAAGAUUCAGAUACAUCGCGAUCAGCCUAUCUCCCAAAGUACCCUAUCUCGACAGCUCAAGACCUUUGGGGAGAUCGCCGGCUUUAAGUGGUCAUUGUUUACGCAUCGGUUCCGGUACGGUGGCGGCACCAUUCUAAAUGAAAGCGGUCUUGUUAGCGACGCCAAACAAAACUUGAUCAUGAAGCACGCGGAUAUCCGAACGUUCCUGAAUCAUUACCUUCCUCGGCGAAUCAACACUGAUAUGCAGGCGUUGAUGAGAGGACUCAAGCCAGAUUCGGCCAUGAUGAGGGCAGUCACUAGGAUGGGACGAUGGAUUGACCGACGUCGGCCCCGAGAGCUCACUGAUGCGCAGAAGGCCACGGUGGAGCACGAUCCAGAGCUGCAGAAGGCUAUACGGAAGCGGGAUGCGUUUUCCAAAAAGCUUCAGCGCAGUCAGAAAAAGACUGGCCGGAAGCUCGAUAAGCUUGACAAACUAAAACGGGGAGUCACAAACACGCGGAAUCGACUGCUGUAUGCGCUCCGCCAACGUGUGCGAGAGGAAUUUGAUGAGGAGCAGGCGGUCCUUGAUAUUGAGCGGCAACUGGCGGGCACUGCUAUUCUAGACGAAGAGGCUAAGGAGCAGCUCCAAAUUGAAGAGCAACUCCUUCCACAGCAGAUUCACCUGCUGGGUAAACUCAUGACUUGGCCUACCUCCUUGUCAGUGGAAGCAGAGUGGCAGCGGCGAAACGAGGCUACCGAAGCAGUUCGACUCUAUUGUGAUGUUCUAGAAGGUGGCCCGCGACGAGGCCGACGGCUUAAACAGACCGUUCCGGUGAAAGAACCCCGAAAGCCUAGUCUCCCUAGAAAAGAAGUUAUUGCGCCAACCGAAUCCCCUCUUCUUACCCCAUCACACUCACGGCAUGAAAUUGCCUUGCAGGAGGCUGGCGAAGACAUCCGAACUGCCGCGAAGCCCCGAGCGUGCUUUCAGUGCUAUGGAAACCCUGCGGGGUUUAACAAUCGGCGUCUCAAGCAGUACUCCCGCCACAAAGGUCUGUUACGACACUUCCGAGCCGUGCACCUGGACGAUCGUCACUGCAACUACUGCAACGAGUCUGUGGACAACGAUAUGUGUUGGCGGAGGCACACCGUAGACAAGCAUCGCUUGAAUGUCAGAUACCUUGAGGACUACCCUCAUGAUCUUUGAGUAUAUUAGAGGCAAUGCCUCUUUGUACAGGAGCAUAUUUACAUUAGAUAAGCCAUGGAGAGGUUAAAUGGUUGAUCUAAGUGUGGCCGUAGAAAUAAAAUCCCCGCUAAAUAAUCGCUAGUGCAGAUUUUACGCCUGUUCCCCGUUUAUGUGGAGCUACCUCGACGAAGAAAACGCGCGAGUUUUCCGGCGGGUCAGUGCA